CGGCACAUGACUCUCUAGUCAACAACAGCCAACAUGGCGGACGCCGAGGCUGUGAAAGCGCUGAGCGGUUUAUUGAACGGAAUCGCGCAGAGGGUUUAUUACGGCAACUCGGAGAUCACGGAGGAGCUGUUGAAGGAUGAGCUUUACCCCGGUGUGCCUCAGGAGGAGUUCCGGGCUCUGUACGACAAAAUGAGGGGCCUUUUAAAGUCUGUAGCCGUGGCGGAUAUGGACCAGGCCCAGCUGGAGGCGUUUCUGACCGCUCAAACGUGUAAGCACGGUGGCGGCGGUAUGACCUCGGAGCAGGCGGCGGCUCUGGCGCGUUUCUGGAAGGGGCACCGCGGCCGGGUGCGAGAGAGCCUGCUGGCACAGAGCCGCUGGGAGCCUGCGCUGAGGGGGUUGAGCUGGAGGGUGGACCUGCAGACCGCGACCAGCAGGGGGCAGACUUCCAACAACCCCGUCGCACUGGUGGAGCUCGAGCUGGGACGAAACGGCCAGGACUCGGAGUUUGUGUGCUUGGAGUUUGAUGAACUGAAGAUUAACCAGGUGCUAAAGAAGAUGGCAGAAAUCCAAGACAGCAUCGACAGUGUUGUGCACCACAGCUAGAGAGAGAGUGAGAGAGCGUGAGUGAGCGACAGAGAGAGAGAGAGAGAGUCUUUGUGAACUUUUCCACAAUGAUUACUGCGCUGCUUUCUCAUACUGGACUUGGUCAUAAAAAUGCAUUUAUGGCCUUUGUAUAUAUAUAAAAAAAGUCCUACUUUAUGUUUGUUCUUUCACAGGACUGUUAUUCUUAUCAACAAUCACCUUUAUUUCAUCUGAUAAAAUGUCACAGGUAGAUAGAAUGUUUUUGCAGGUUACUCAUGAAAGACCGUUCGGUAACGCGUGUAGUGCUGCACCUUCUCCACCGCGAGGAUACGCCGUGUCACCUCGGGUUUUCCAGCCGUCCCUCAGAGACGCUCUGCAGUGGACACAUCUGUUUCUCUGAGCAGGUUGUUCCGUUAACCGUCUCGCAGAUCUCCUGCACAGCUUCCGUCUGUGUUUUGGGGCCAUUUCAAUGGUUUUUUAUUAUUAUUAUUAUUAUCAUCAGACAUGUAGUUGAAUCAAAUAGGCAUUUCCAAACGUGCAGGGAGUUGCUGUGAUUUAUAAAUAUUUAAUAUCGGUGCACGCCUAGAACAAGCAGGCAAAAGGCCACAGCAUCCAAAAACAUAAACUCCAUUAAAUAUUUAACAGUAGUCUUGCCUCAGAGAAUGGACCGUCAGGCUCCAGUAGCACCAAGGGCCUGGCAGUGUGCUCGCUAUCGUGUGUGAGUCGUUUAUUCAAUGGUGACCUUUUAUAACAGCUGUUGCUUCCUUGCAAGGAAUGUGAUGGACGACGUGUAUGAAUUGAAUAAUAAAGUGUUUUAAAUAA